GGACGGAGCAGCCCGUCAGGCCGGCCUGACAUGAAGAUUUGUCUAUAUAUAUCUACUAAAAUACUUAAGCGUCUAAGAAUGUUAGAUGGUCUUUUUCCCGUCAUAACGGCGUCCUAUUUGUCUCCGUAUCCGCCGCCAUCCGAACUAACAUAUUCCUCCAUUUCUUAUCGUUUGUUUUACCUCGCCUUGGAUUGAAUAGUCAUCCGCGCAGCAGCUCCGCAGGUGCUGUCUUAGGCGGUGACAGCUCAUACUAUGCAGGUCCUCCACGAGUGCUUAUUAGAGUUGCAGUGUGUCCCUUUGGACGUCAUAUUCUGGGAAGACAUGGCAGCAGAACUAUUAAUAGUGGACAUCAAGCCAGAAACACAAAACUGGACAUGUCGCCUAACUGUAGUAGAGAAACAAAACAUACGAUCUGCAAAAACUUCUCCCAUGAAAUUUCUUCCCCUCGUUCUCGCUGAUUCUGCUGGGAAUAGAGUCCAGGCAACUGCUUUUGCAGGCGACAUCUCUGGAAUUGAUGCACGUCUGCAGCUGUACUCGACCUACCUCAUUUCUGGCGCAUAUGUGAAACCCUUGACUGAUCUGCGUUUCUGUGUGGACCAAAACUACCAAUAUGUGUGGUCAUUCACCAGACGCACAUUUAUCCAGGAUGUCGCCCCUGAAGAAGGGGUAGACUUUCGCCAGAUUGCUGAAAGUACUGUCAAGCCUUUCCGAGGGAUCUUUGACUGUUACUUAGCUGCUGAAAGCCUAAGUUUAAUGGCUGUUAUUGUCGCGAAACUACCCCGGGCCUUCAUAGUGACGGGUGAUGUACACAAAGUUGCAUGGGACGUCGUUCUGAUUAAUGAAGAACUAACACUGGUGCCUAUGACCAUAUGGGAAGAAUUUGUUAAUCAACAUGGUGCGGCCAUUGAUACUUUUUUGCAAUCUGGUGACUGUCCAGUUCUUUUUGUCACCAGAGUUGUUGCAAAUAUUUAUCAAGGCCUAUCAUUGUCAACUCGCUAUGAUUCGCACAUGGAAUUAAACCCAGUUGGUGAUCGCGCGCUGGUGCUAAAAAAAUGGGCCAAAGACAACAAUGCAAAAAUCAAACAGUUAUUGAUUGAGAAACAAUAUGAACAUGCUCUUGAAAAUAUAGCUUGCCCCCUGUCACAGCCCCAAACACUUCUUGCUUCGCUAGAAACUAACCUCAAUAAGGUCCCAGUUGUAUGGGUGUGUGGCAGGGUCAACCUAAGCGACACUUCUGCAGAGCCGUACUAUAUCGGUUGUGACUAUUGCAAUCGUCGCGUUUACGCUCCAGAAGGUAGCACGUUCCAAUGCAUGUUCUGUGGCCAGAAGCAAGGCCGCACAGUAAAGCGGGUCUAUGGAUCUGCUCAGCACUUGUGUCGUUGAAAGAGCAAGACAUCACACUCGAUCUGAAACUCUUACAUACUUCGUCAGGACAGUCCAUGGGAGAAAGCUAAAGGUUGCUGUAGUUACACAGACAAAUACGGGUGAGGAGACCUGUGAAGCCACUAACGAUUGGAAACAAUUCUUGCAAAUUUCUGGCUACUGGAGGCUCCUACCAAAAUACUUCAGAAGGAAGGAUGAACUUGAGCAUAAGCUUGCCCAUUUUGUACGUAGAGGCUCCUUGAUGCCUCCAAUUGCAGCCUGCCCAGAAAGUGGUAGUAUUCAUUUUCCAGACGUUCUUCAAUUCAACAUUGUUUGGUUUCAACUUGCCAUCCCUGCUAUUGACCUGGCUAAAAUCCCUUCAUGCAUGCACAGGCAUCUGUUCGAGCAUAUACGCCCCAAUGCUCGCUUUGUCUAUGGGACAACCUCAUGGAAUGUCCAGUUCAACGAUUGUGGUUUAAGUGACGUCUUUGCUGACCUGUUCAUUGAAAACGAUAUUGCCUUUGGCUCAUAUGCUCUCCUGAGGCAUGUGGGGAACUUCACUUUCGAAGUAUUCAUGUUUGACAAACUAGGAUUUUCUCUUAACUUGGCUGACAAACCCAUUGGCGUUUCAAAUCCUUUGCAUACACCAGAUGACUUCCUUGUGUAUGUGGAGUCUUCUUUCAAAGAUUAUGCAUACAGCCAACUGUAUUGUCACCCAUCCUUUCUCUUUGUGCCCAACGAAACGAGUAAGGUCUGCUGUGAAGCCUUCCUUCGGUCAUGCAGUGAUAUGAGGAACCGCGUGCGGAUCUUCUACGGCGAUGAUGAUGCUUACUUUGUCGUUGGCAAACGAACGUUGCGACGCCAAAUUCAGACAACCUUUGAGUUGAAACACAACGCCACUCUUUUUUUUGUUAAGCAUCACAGGGGUGAGGCGCUACUACUUACAAUUUCAUCAUGCGGGAUGGAAAGAGUGCCAAGCAAACCACAUGUGUAUGAAAUACGGAGCGCUGCCCACACUGAAUUUGCUGAGCUUCCUUAGCUUGACUCUAACCACUUUGCACCUGCGCUUUUGCAGUAACAUCAACCAAACUGUCCUGCCCUAUCUGCAUGCUUUGAUGAUAUUUUGGUUUUUUUUUUUGGGCCAGGAAUCCGCUUGUAGCUUACCAACCCGACAUCUAUAUGUUUAUGACAUCAAACUCCUUUUGACUUGGUCGCGCUAUGUCUGCGUACGUAUUUUAUGCAAAACCCUUUUCCGAUAUUCCCAAGCUUCUACAGGAGAUGUUAUUAAGGACCAUAAAGGUAAGGGAGUUUUUGUGAAAAACUACUGUUUUCCAGAUUUUGGAUUUACCAAAUUUUUAAUAUGUAUGCUGCAAGUUCUUUUAUAA